AGCAAACACCGACUCCCUGAUAAUGCCGAUGACCACUACACGGCGCUACAGAGGCUUCUAUUGAUUCGAUCGAUCCGAAGCGAUCGCUUGAUCCCCGCAUCUUCCGAGUUCGUACAUAAAGUACUCGGGAAGAAAUUUACUCGUGACGAGGCACCAGAUGUUGAGUAUGUGAUGUCACAAUCAUCAUGUGUUACACCCAUUCUACUAUUAUUCACUAAUGAGAACCAACUCGCCCUCUCCACUUUCACCGAGCAUUGUAAGCGUAACAAUGCCGUAUAUGAUGUCAUAAACCUCACAGGAGGAGGAGAGGAGAGAGGAGCAAGGAGGAUAAUGGAUGAAGCCAUGCGGAACGGAUCCUGGGUCCUCCUCCACAACCUCCAAUGCAAUCCUCCCCUCGUACAAUCCAUGUUCUCCCGCAUCCAUGAGGAACAAGAUCUUCAUCCAGACUUCCGGAUGUGGAUAUCCUCGGAGGCGGACUCCUCCCUCAUCCCAACCAUUAUCCUCCAUUCAGCCGUCAAACUAGUUGUCGACCUUCCUAAGUCAAUGAAAGACAACCUUCUACGUUUUGCGUCUACAUCCAUCGAUAGUGAUGUCAUCAACGCAUCAUCACGACCAGAAUGGUUACCGUGUUUACACAAUGUGUGUUUGUUACACGGUGCGAUACGACUACGCUCAAGGCUGCCCUCGUGUGUUGGGUGGCAGGAGUCCGAGGCUUUCACAGGAAUCAACAACGAGGAGUUAAAGGCAUCGGUUGGUGUGGUAACGAGGGAGUUCAUGGAGAUCCAGGGAAGCACGGAGGGUGGAGGGAAUAUUAUGCUUAAGAAUAUUUCAUGGGCGGGGUUGAGGUUCCAGAUAUCUGAACUAAUAUACGGACGUCACAUCACCAACAUAUACGACCAACAAAGUUUAAACGCGCUGGUUGAUUAUUGGUUGGCCGCGAGCUCUGUUAAGAAGGAAUUUGAACUGCCGAGAGUGAAAUAUCGUCUUCCCCCCGUAUUAUUCGCACCCAGUGUGAAGCCGACCUCCAUCGUACAAUCCAUCGACACCAUACCCAACCAUGCGUUAGAUGUGGCGGAGGCUUGCAACUUACACCCAUCGUCCGAAGCUGUGGUGGGAGAUGACCAAUAUAUAUUUACAAGGUUAAACACAAUCUACGACUUUCUCCCCGAAACCUCGAGCCUCUCCCACAAGUUGUACCCCCGCCCCCCCACCUCACUAGAUCUACCACCACAAACCUCCAUCAGCAGCUCAAGCUCCCACCCAUGGGUUAUUGACAGAGGGAUAUUUGCAAGUCACACCCAUGCUUUGUUGAAAAGUAAGAAGGAGGUUGAACUAUGGGAAGUUUGUUACAACGCGUUGCCUAAGAUACCAAAGGCUUGGGGGAAGGAAUACGUGAACGACCGUAUACGCAAGAUUGGAGGUCAAACCCCGUUUAAUUUGUUUCUUCAACAAGAACUUCGUCAACUUUAUGUUUUGCUAACUGAGAUAAAAAAGAGUUUGACGUCAAUCAAGUCAUCGGUUGAAAGUUUGGACCAGUUCGGCGACCGAUUAUCUGAUGAUGAUGUCAUAAUAGCCAACGAACUCAGUCGCUCUCGGAUCCCUCGUCACUGGGUGGAGCUAGCGGGUGAAACAGCGCCUCCUAGCAGCACACCAGUGUCGCAGUGGUUGAGUGAUAUCCCCCAGCGGGUGGCGCACUUUGAGAGGAUACUGGCUUUGGGUCGUGAAAAGAUCCCAGCUUACUGGUUAGGAGCUUUCUUCAACCCCCAUGGUUUGUUAUCGGUGUUGAAACAAGAAGCCAUCAAACAUCACGUGGAGAAAACCGGGGUCGUCGAUAAUUUGCUUUUCCAUGUUGAGGUCACGCAACGUGAUAAGGAUCAUUUACGCGAUCCACCAUCUGAAGGUUUCUUCUUACAUGGGGUUUAUUUAUGGGGUUGUGGGUGGGAUAAAACAUCGGGUGAGAUGGUUGAUGCUCCAGCUAAACACGCACCGGCAUCUCUACCUGUCAUUCAUAUCACAUUCGUCACUGAGUCAACUAAAUAUGGGACAACAAGUGAAGUCCCCAGACCUAUCGACUACUACCCAUGCCCCGUGUUCAUGACAUGCACGAGUAGCAAGAAACCUGUGUUUGAAUUGGACGUAUCACGGGAAUCGAUCCCUUCAUCGAGAUGGGCAUUACGUGGCCUCACUGCAACAAUCCGCCCGUAUUAACACCACAACACUCACAAUGUUGAUUACUUUGGUUAGGAUAGUUUUUGAUAAAUCUUGUGAAUGGAGAUAUUUUGUGCAGUUUUAUCGUUAUGUGUGCGACCAUAUUAAUACCAUUAUUGUGUAUUACCUACUUUACAAUCCUGGUUUUAAGAUCAAACGUUUGAUGAAUCCAGUAGUUAUUAUGUGUAGUUUUACCUUGGUAGUUGUGUUUACCUAGUUCAUAUAUACUUAUAUAGUGUUUCUACUUUACCUAGUUUAGAUUUACCUUCAUCAACACUGUGUUUUAUAUCCAGCGUUCAAUCCAUCGGUGUUUUAUCAAAUAAACUGUGUGAGUGUGAAUGAA